AUGAACAACGAUGAUGAGGAAUACCUCCCGAAUAAUGAAAGAAAUCAAUUAAUGAAGAAAUAUUAUGCUACAAUGAAAGUAGCGGACAAAUUUUGGAAAAUAUGGCAAAGAGAUCAUUUGCAGAGCCUGCGGGAAAAUCAACGAGUUUAUUUACAAAAUCGAAAAGCAAAAAAAGGUGGUAUAUCAAUAUCAGAUGAAAAUAUUGGUCGAGCUCAAUGGAAAUUCGCAAAAAUCGUAAAAUUAAAAGCCGAUUUUGAUGGAGAAAUAAGAACCGCAACAUUAAAGAUGACCAAUGGACAGAACGCGGAUCGAUCAAUAAUGCAUCUAUGUCCGUUAGAACUGACAAUAACAGAUGAGAUAACCCAAAUGCGUACAAAAAAUGAACAACGCACCGAAUAUACACAAUCAAACAACAAUCUAUGCAUUGGAAGGCACGCUGCAAUCACAUGGAUCACAGCAUGUCUUAUGCUAAACCUGUGCGGCACUACGAUAGCAACAACGAAGCAAUGCAACUUUGAAGAACCGCUAACCUUCGUAAGCUCACAAAAAUGCGUAACAAACGGAGUACCACUAUCUUUACUCAAAUCAUGCUUUCUCAAUCGUGCAUUCAAGUCACUUCUAUUCAAGCUCAAUCGAAUCACUGUGGAAGAACGAAAGAAGGAAUCAGUAAUUGCGCUAUAUCAAAUCCCUACAAGGCCAAGAAAAGGUUGCUACAAUUGCUUAGCAGGCGCCAAAAUCAAAUAUCAGUGUACCACCGAUUUUGGUAAUACACUAGCAUAUGUAGAUUGCAAAGAAGUUUUUUUCGUUAUGCAAUGUUCCAACAUUAAAAGAGAAGAAACCGCUUAUCUAUCCUUUACUCAUUCUAACAUUAAUUUAAACUGUAAAGUGAAAUGUUCAACUGACGAAAAAAGAAUAGCUCUGCAAGCAGUGCUAGGGUACGUUCCUACCAUUGAACUUAUCAAAGAAAAUAGUUUUGUAUCAGCUAAUGGAGGAAGACGUUUCGGACGCCUUGCCGAAAUUGACCUUUUGUCUUGGUUGAGCGGAACCUCAGCACAAAAAUUCUUCGUUACAACAGCGAUCAUGGGAGGAAUUCUCGUACUGAUCAUAAUACGAAUCUACACAAAGGAAUCGUCAAAAUUUUCAGCUAACGUUGGGCGCCGUAGAUAUAGACGAGAGAUUAGAAAAAAGAACAGAAAACAAAAUGACUCAUGUACCCAAGCCAUUGAACGUAGACGUCACUCAAUUUCGUCCAAUCACUCAAACACCCAAACGAGUCGACUGGGGAUCAGAAGAAGUGCUAAAUCAACCUCGAAUGCAUGUGGUGACCCAGAUUUAAAUGACGAACAAACUUAUCAGAAUUAUACUAUAUUUCCUGUACUGAUGCAGUUUGAGCGUAUGUCUAAUGAUGAUUUUGCAACUGGCGAUAGCGUUCAGGUACAUAAACAGCUCCGGAAUGAACAACUCGCGUUCAUUCAAGUAGCUUCAAUUUAUCGUAGAGAUGUUGUAUAUGUGAACACAAGAGGACUAAAAGGAGCCCAGGAACUAGAAAAUUUUGAUAUUUUAUUUGGGUCCCAAAUACCAGCGGAUGGGGAAUUAGUCAGAGCUCGAGUCGCUGAGCUACCCGGAGGAGGCUGGGAGUACGAUCCAUACCAUGGAUCGACCAUCCGGAAUGAAGAACCGUUUUUUCACGGAGAACAGUACCAAAACCAGAUUGAAAAGGUACAACAGUGGGAGCACCUAAUGUAUGUAUCGCAAGAGUAUGCGGAUGAUCGAAUCAGGACGGCCAUGAUGAGCACCUGCGCAGCUUACAUGAUUCCUCCAAACAACCGCCAGGCAGAAUUGGAAUUCGUCAUUCCAUAUAAGGAAGGGACAACUCCCGAAGAUACAUUCUCUGAACGGGUAAAAUCCUGGGUUACCCAAAACGGAACUCAGAAUCGAAACGCCUUAUCAUAG